UGUAAACAAAUUUAUUAAGCAACGAGGUGGAGAAGAUCUCUCUCGUCUCUCCCUCUCCUUACCUGGCAGCUGCGGCGGCGGUAGAAGCAGUUGCAAGCAGCAAGCAUGGCGGGUGCGGCGGCGUCAUCGUCCUCAGCGUCGCCGUCUCCCUGUUCUCCUCUGGUCCGCGUUAGCGAAGUCGCCGGGCGGGGGCGGGCCCUGGUGGCGAGCCGGCGCAUCCUUCCGGGCGAGGUGGUGCUGGCAGACUCGCCGCUCCUCCUCUACCCCUCCUCCCUCGCCGCCCUCUCCUCCUACUGCUCCCGCUGCUUCCGCUCCCUACCCCUUUCUCCUCCUCCUCUCCGCUGCCCCUCCUGCUCCCUCGCCUUCUUCUGCCCCUGCUGCUGCUGCUCCCACUCCCACUCCCACUCCCACCCCGUCCUCCUCUGCCGCGCCCUCCCCCUCCUCUCCAAGGCCUCCUCCUCCCUCUCCCCCGACCUCAUCCCCUCCCUCCUCUUCCUCCUCUCCGCCUACUCCCUCCCCUCCCCCUCCCUCCUCCGCCUCCUCUCCCUCUCCUCCUCCGCCUCCGCCUCCGCCUCCGCCUCCGCCCCGCCCGAAGCCCUAGCCCUCCACUCCCUCCUCCUCUCCUCCCUCCAUCUCCCCCGCGACCUCCUCCCCGGCUCCUUCUCCCCCGACCUCACCGCCGCCCUCCUCGCCAGGGACAAGACCAACGCCUUCGCCCUCAUGGAGCCCUCCGCCGCCGCCCCCGCCCCCGGCCCCGCGCCCACCCGGGGAGUCCGCGCCUACGGGAUCUACCCCGACGCCGCCUUCUUCAACCACGACUGCCUCCCCAACGCCUGCCGCUUCGACUACGUCGACGGGCCCGGCGACCGGAACGCCGAUUUGACCGUCAGGGCGCUGCACGAGAUCCCCCAAGGGAGGGAGGUGUGCAUCAGCUACUUCCCCGCCAACUGGAGCUACAAGGAGAGGCAGACGCGGCUGCUGGAGGACUACGGAUUCCGGUGCGAGUGCGAUCGGUGCCGAGUGGAGAGCCAGUGGAAGGAGAACGACCGCGACCAAGACGAUGAUGAGGACGGCGGUGAAGAGGAGAGGAUGGAGGAGGGCGAAGGAGCAGAGGAGGAUGGGGAAGAGAUGGAGGCGGAAGAAGAAGGGGAGGACGAGGACGGGGACUGGGACGGGGAUUUCCCUCAUGCCUACUUCUUCGUGAGGUUCCUUUGUGAUAGGGAGAAUUGUGGGGGGACGUUGGCUCCUCUGCCGCCGUCAGCAGAUGGUACGCUGUCGAAUGUAUUGGAAUGCAAUGUGUGUGGGCGGUUGAGGAAGGAAGAAGAGGAACUCGGUGGGGGCGGCAAUGGAGAUAUGCUUGAUGAGUGAACUGCGGUGCAGGAUCUGAGGAUUUUUUCCUUAUUGAGCAAAGUAGCUGAUGUAUCGGACCUUUGGCUUCAGGGAGAGAGUUGAAAAUAUCAAAGUACAACGAUUGGCAUCACUAUCUCUGUUUAACAAACUAGGUAGUGAAGGUUUUGUGGGGAACCUUAUUUAUGUAUUAAAUACCUGAGAAUUCAAAAUGUACAAGUAGCAGCUGUAGGUCAGUAGAGAGUUACUUAUUGUUCACCCUCCAAUCCCACUUUUUUUCCCCUUUCUCUAGGAGUCGAUUAGUUUUGGGUGAUUGCACUGUGCUCUUUUAAUUUAAAUCUAUUUUAUUUUUUGAUGCUUGCGGUU